AGUCAUCAGUAGGAGUGACUGCAGGUUUUCUUUCCGCUCUUCACGGCUCCUCCUGGACUCCUGUGUUGAUAUUAUUUUGGCAGCAUGCCGGUGGUUGGCGUAGCCUCCAAGCUGAGGCAGCCCUCGGCGGUGGGCACCAAGCCGGUGCACACGGCGCUCCCCAUCCCCAGCGCGGUGCGGGCCGCCGCCGCCGCCGCCCGGCAGCAGGAGCUCCGGGCCGGCGAGGGCCCCCCGGGGCUCUCCUGUCAGCUGUCCAUCAAGUCCGAGUACCAGCAGGAGAGGACGGCCGAGGGCAAGUCCCGGGCCGGGACGGAGGAGAGCAAGAUCUGCAAGAUUUACACGGACUGGGCCAACCACUACCUGGCCAAGUCCGGCUGCCCGCGUCUCAUCAAGGACCUGAGCCAGGACGUCACCGACGGAGUCCUGCUGGCACAGAUCAUCCAGAUCAUAGCGAAUGAGAAAGUGGAGGAUAUCAAUGGCAGCCCGCGGAGCCAGUCGCAAAUGAUUGAGAAUGUGGACGCCUGCCUCAGCUUCCUCGACGCCAGAGGAGUGAACGUACAAGGGCUCUCAGCGGAAGAAAUCAGGAAUGGCAACCUGAAGAGCAUCCUGGGCCUCUUCUUCAUCCUGUCGCGCUACAAGCAGCAGCAGCAGCAGCAGCAGCAGUACUACCAGUCCCUGGUGGAGCUCAGCCAGCAGGCCGGCAGCGCCGCGCCCUCCGCCAGCAGCCUCAAGACGCAAGACAUGCAGUCCAGCCUCACGGCGCGAUAUGCCAGUCCUCCGGGCCACAGCGGGAUAGGCUCGCCGCAGAAGAAAAACACCAGGUUGCCGGGGCCGUCCAGAGUUCCCGCUGCAGGCAGCGGGGCCUCCAGGAGUCCGGGCUCGUCCAACCUCAACCGCCGGAGCCAGAGCUUCAACAGCAUCGACAAGAGCAAGCCUCUUCAGUACGCCAGCGGCAAUGACAGAGAGGCGGUGAGGGGCAUCCCGGUGGCCGGUGGAAUGAACGGGAGCGGGAUGGGUGGGAUGGUCCCCACCAGCCUCAGCGGGCAGCAGCUGGCCUCUGCCAUCCCUUCGCCCACCGGGGGCAAGUCCUGGCGCAGCAAGUCCAUGAACCUCAAGCACAGCGCGACGUCCUCCAUGCUGGCGAGCCCCACGCACUCGCCGUCCACCACGCCCUCGCCCCAAGCCCCCGACGGCGACGGAUCCAAAGUAGGACUGGGAGUCGCGCCCCCCCAGAGAUCAAUGCUCGAUAAGUUCCGCCUAAUUAACCCCCGAUCGGCAUCGAGAACGUCUCCGUCCGUGGCGGAAAUGGCUCUGCAGGAGGAAGACGACCUGUCUGAGUACGGCGAGGAAGGCCUGACGCCCACGGGCUCGGUGUGCAGCAGCGGCAGCAGCAGUGCCACAACCAAACAGAUGCCCACAAAGAGUUCCGCAUCAUCCCACACGGCGCCCACCAAACCCUCCUCCUCGUCCACCUCGUACUCUAAAGCUUCUGGAAACGGCGGCAGGUCCACGGCCUCCAGCAAAGACAAGGAGGACAAGAGCAAGUCUGGGAAGUCUUCGAAGGACAGCUCGCCGCCGAAAGAGGAGCGCGAGACGUUUUCUGACUCCAGCAAGAAGAACUCCAAAAUAGCCAGCCUCAUUCCCAAAGGGGGGAAGUCAUCCUCGGGGAAGAAGGAGGGCGCCUCCAGCGGCAUCCCCAAGCCUGGACUGAAAGCUCCUUCAACAACGAGUGCGUCAAAACCUCAGAGCCAGGCUCAGACCCAAAGCCAGGCCGCCUUAAACAGCAGUGGAAACAUGCGGGCAGGAGAGGCCGACAGAGCCAAGCUGAGCAAAGGAGGCCAGGGUGGGAGCUUCUACAUCCAGCGCUCCAUGGCGGGCCCGGAGGGCAAACGGACCAGCAUGACGUCGUCCACCAGUACCUCAGCCCUGUCCGGGUCCGGCGGCGCGCUGGGAGGAGGCAGCGGUGGCGCCGCGCUGGGCGGGAACGGAGUCAUUCAGCUUCCCCAGCAGCAGCAGCACAACCACCCCAAUACCGCCACCGUGGCCCCCUUCAUGUACAGGACAUUCUCAGAAAACGACUGCACCAUGGUGGCCCCCGCCGACCCCUGCCUCAGCCCCACCAAGGGAGAACUAGUCUACAGCAAGACAGCCAAACAGUGCCUGGAGGAGAUAUCAGGAGAGGACCCUGAGACGAGACGUAUGAGGACGGUGAAGAACAUCGCUGACCUGCGGCAGAACCUGGAAGAAACCAUGUCCAGUCUGCGGGGGACGCAGAUCAGCCACAGCACGCUCGAGACCACGUUCGACACCACAGUCACCACGGAGGUGAACGGCCGGAGUCUCCCCGCCCUCGCCACGCGCUCCUCCCCCAUGGCGUGGCGCCUGGGCCAGUCGCAGACCCCGCGCCUCCAGGCGGGCGACGCCCCCUCCAUGCCCGGCGGCUACGCCGCGCCCAGGGCGAGCACAACGGGCGCCGCUGCUGCAGCCGCCGCCGCCACGGGGCGCUACAGCGGCCACCCCGACCCCUCCAGGUUUGUGCACGGCGCCCCCCUGAGGCGAGCGGCGGCGGCGGCGGGGGCGAAGGGGGCGGAGCAGGGGGAGAAGGGAGAUGGAGGGAAGCAGAUGGAGGUGGCGGGGUACGUGAGUGAUGGGGACGUCCUGGGGAGGAACUGCCGGAUGGAUGUGAUCGCCAGCGGGUACCUCACAGACGGCGGCCUCCAUCUCUACGCCCGGAACUCGGGCCGAGCGCCGGACGCGGCUUCAUCGCGGGAGGCGACCCAGCGAGGGAGCAAGGAGCUGCAGGGCGACAUAGACAGUUGGGACGACAGCAGCUCGGUGAGCAGCGGCCUCAGCGACACGCUGGAUAACAUCAGCACCGAUGAUCUGAACACGCCGGCCUACUCCGCCGUCAGCUCCUCGCGCAAGAGCAAGGGAGCGCAGUCCCAGAAAGGAAGCAGAUCCAAGCAUGCCGAGCCGGAGGUGAGCAGCAGCUGGGCCGGAGCCGAGGACCUGAAGAAGGUGGAGGAGGAGUCGGACGCCAGCAUGGAUCCUAGCGGUGGCUCCUCGCGCUGGAAGCCUCCCUCAUCCUCCUCUUCCUCCCAACCCCAGGGCCAGUUUGAGGACGCGGGCCAGAAGGCCGCCGCCAUGGCCCAGAUAUCUCAGACCGGCUCGUGGAGGAGGGGCAUGACUGCCCAGGUGGGGAUCACACCCCCCAGGACCAAGGGGACGCCUGCCGCCCUCAAAACGCCAGGCAAAACCGAUGAUGCCAAGGCGUCUGAGAAGGGCAAGGUACCUUCCAAGAGUUCAGCUGGCAUCCAGCGCUCGCCGUCUGACGCCGGGCGGAGCAGCGGGGACGAAGGCAAGAAGCCGCCCUCCGGCAUCGGGCGCCCGCCCACCACCGGCUCGUUUGGGUACAAGAAGAUCCCAGGUCCCUCCGGCACGCUCAUCACCUCCAGCGGCGCCACGCUCGCCAGUGGCUCAGCCACUCUGGGCAAGGCGCCCAAGUCUUCGGCCGCCCUCGGCAAAGGCGCGAGCAUCGGCGGCGUCCGGAAGACCAGCCUGGACGGCUCGCAGCCCCAGGACGACGGCGUACUGCUCAGCUGCAGCGGCUCCAAAGUCACCCUGCAGUACCGCUCCCUCCCCAGACCGGCCAAAUCCUCCAGCGGCGUGGCGGCGGGGCGCAGCAGCCACCGCUCCAGCUCCAGCAGCAUCGACUCCAACGUCAGCGGCAAGUCGGCGUGCGGCGCGGGCGCCCAGCCGGGCGCCAAGCGCCGGGACGGGAAGGUGGCCUCGGACCGCUCCAGUCCCGUCACCAUCAACCAGACGGACAAGGAGAAGGUGGCCGUGUCGGAUCAGGACCCGGCAGCAGGACUGUCCACGUCCCCCAAGUCCAGCCCCACGUCCAGCUCGGCGGGCCAGUCGGGCCUCCGGCAGCCGGGGUCGAAGUACCCGGAUAUCGCCUCGCCGACCUUUCGCAGAUUGUUUGGCACCAAAGCCAGCAGCAAGGCCAGCUCCCCGGGCACGCCCGACUCUGGCAAGUGCCCGUCAGUACUGGGCAGCCCUCACGGCACGCUGGCCCGGCAGGCCAGUCUGGACUCGCCCUCCUCUGGCACGGGGAGCCUGGGCAGCGCUGGCGGCCUGAGCGGCGGCAGCAGCCCGCUCUACGGCAAAACCCCAGACCUGUGCAGCGACUCGCCGGCCUCCAGCCCGGCCUCGGGCCUCUCCUUGCCCUCCAACGCCCGGCCGUGGCCCGCCUGUAGCUCGUCGGCCGGCAGCAAGGACACUCUGAGCUGCCAGAGCAUGACCAGUCUGCACACCAGCUCUGAGUCCAUUGAUAUGCCGCUGGGCCACCACGGGCCUAAAGUGACACGAGCCGGCAGUGUCAAGUCCACCCUGUCUGAGGGCAUGCCUCUUGACAGAAACACGCUUCCCAAAAAGGGACUGAGGUACCCUCCGUCUUCCCGCCAGGCCUCCCACGAGGAGGGGAAGGAGUGGCUGAGGUCCCACUCCACGGGGGGCCUCCAGGACACCGGCAGCCAGUCCCCGCUGUCCCCGCCGGGGGCCGCCUGCACCGCCACGGGGAAAUACCACUACUCCAACCUCUUGAGCCCCACCAACGCCGGCCAGUACAACCUGCCGCCGGGCGGCGGCGGCAUGAGCCGCUCCAACAGCAUCCCGGCCCAGGACUCCUUCGACCUGUACGGGGAGGGCCACCCGCUGGGGGGCAGCGCCACCUCGCUGGAGGAGCGGCCGCGCGCCAUCAGCCGCUCCGGGUCCUUCCGAGACAGCACGGACGAAGUCCACGGCUCGUCGCUGUCUCUGGUCUCCAGCACGUCGUCGCUCUACUCCGCGACGGAGGAAAAAGCACACUCAGAGGGCCAAACAGUCCAAAAUUCCACGCAAAUCAGAAAGCUGCGCCGGGAGCUGGACGCCUCUCAGGAGAAGGUGGCGACCCUGACGUCUCAGCUGGCCGCCAACGCUCACCUGGUGGCGGCCUUCGAGAAGAGCCUGAGCAACAUGACCUGCCGCCUGCAGAGCCUCACCAUGACGGCCGAGCAGAAGGAGUCGGAGUUGGCCGAGCUGAGGGAGACGAUCGAGAUGCUGAAGACUCAGAACACAGACGCUCAGACGGCCAUCCAGGUGGCGCUCAACGGCCCGGACCACCUGCACAAAGACCUCCGGAUCAGACGGCAGCAUUCGUCAGAGAGCAUGUCCAGCAUCAACAGCGCGGCCAGCCACUCCAGCAUGGGCAGCCUGGGCAAGGACGCCGAAGACAAGAAGAAGAAGAAGAAGAGCUGGGUGGCUGACUCCAUCCCGGCUCAGCUCCGCAGCUCCUUCAAGCAGGCGUUCAGCAAGAAGAAGACCAAGUCGCAGUCGGCCCACGACGAGAUGGAGGAGAUGAGCGACUCGCUGCCGUCCUCGCCCAAGCUGCAGCACGACAACAGGCAAGGCAGCAUCGCCACGCUGCACUCCUCCCCCUCCACCACAGAGCUGUGCGAAUGCACCGAGGCCGAGGCGGAGAUCAUCCUGCAGCUGAAGAACGAGCUGCGGGAGAAGGAGCUGAAGCUGACCGACAUCCGGCUGGAGGCGCUGAGCUCGGCGCACCACCUGGACCAGAUCCGGGAGGCCAUGAACCGCAUGCAGAAUGAGAUCGAGACGCUGAAGGCGGAGAACGACCGCCUCAAGUCCAGCGGCAACGCCACGCCGACCGCCACGCCCGCCAAGACGGCCCGGCCGCCCUCCGAGACCUCCAGCACCUCCUCGUCCUCGUCCCGCCAGUCCCUGGGCCUGUCCCUCAACAACCUCAACAUCACCGACACCAUCAUGUCAGAUAUUUUGCUGGAUGACGGCUACGAGGGGAAUCUACGCAAGGAGGGCCGCAGCGUGCGGAUCGUGGUCACCAUCUGCAGCGGGCUGAAAACCACCAAGGGGAGCAAAAAGCAGCAGUACCUCAUCGGGUCCAUCGGCGUCAGCGGGAAAACCAAGUGGGACGUCCUGGACGGAGUCAUUCGCCGCCUCUUCAAAGAGUACGUGUUCCGGGUGGAUCCUCUGACCAGCCUGGGCCUCAGCUCGGACAGCAUCGUCUGCUACAGGAUGGGCGAAGUCGUCCGCUCGCACGCCGCCGAAGUGCCUGAGCUGCUGCCCUGCGGCUACCUGGUGGGCGACAACAACGUCAUCAAGGUCAACCUGAAAGGCGUGAAGGAGAACAGCAUCGACAGCCUCGUGUUCGACACGCUCAUCCCAAAGCCCAUCAUCCAGCGGUACCUCAACCUCCUGAUGGAGCACCGCCGCAUCAUCCUGUCGGGGCCGAGCGGCACCGGGAAGUCCUUCCUGGCGGCCAAGCUGGCCGAGUACAUCAUCUGCCAGCUGGGACAGGAAGUGACCGAGCACAACGUGGCCAGCUUCAACGUGGACCAGAACUCCAGCAAGGACCUGCGUCAGUACCUGUCCAACCUGGCGGAGCAGUGUAACUCCGAGGAGACGGACACGGAGCUCCCCACCGUGGUCAUCCUGGACAACCUGCACCACAUCGGCUCCCUCAGCGACAUCUUCAACGGCUUCCUCAACUGCAAGUACCACAAAUGCCCGUAUGUUAUCGGGACCAUGAACCAGGGUGUUUCCUCCUCUCCGAACCUCGAGCUGCACCACAACUUCAGGUGGGUCCUGUGCACGAACCACACCGAGCCGGUCAAAGGCUUCCUGGGCCGCUUCCUGCGGCGGAAGCUGAUCGAGACGGAGAUCGACAAGAACACGCGCAGCAACGACCUGAUCAAGAUCAUCGACUGGAUGCCCAAGACGUGGCAGCACCUCAACGGCUUCCUGGAGGCGCACAGCUCGUCCGACGUCACCAUCGGCCCGCGGCUCUUCCUGUCCUGCCCCAUGGACGUGGAAGCUUCUCGGGUUUGGUUCACGGACUUGUGGAACUACUCUCUGGUGCCGUACCUGCUGGAGGCCGUGAGGGAAGGACUUCAGCUGUACGGCAAGCGGGCGGCGUGGGAGGAUCCGUCCAAGUGGGUGAGCGACACGUAUCCGUGGAGCGCCGCGCUGCUGCAGCAGGACGGCCAGGCGCUGCUGCAGCUGCGGCCCGAGGACGUCGGGUACGAGGGCUACAGCUCGUCCAAGGAGGGCGCCUCGUCCAAGCAGGUGUCCCAGAGCGACACCGAGGGAGACCCACUGAUGAACAUGCUGCUCCGGCUGCAGGAGGCGGCCAACUACUCCAGCACGCAGAGCUGCGACAGCGACAGCACCAGUCACCAUGACGACCAGCUGGACUCCUCCCUGGAGUCGGCACUAUGAGGACCCCCACCCCCACCCCCCCUCCCCCUCCGCCCCCCCCCCAUAGUCCACAGAUGUAUGCUAUAUGGAACAGUACCUACCAUGUGAAAGAAUAUACCUAUUUUACACAAUGAUGGUGCAAUAUGAAAUCAAGUUAUUUUAUGUUUUUUUGUUUCUUUCUUUUUGGCCCACUCAGUCCUCAGUGGUCAAACGGCGAGUGGUUUUUAAAGGAUGUAUAACAUUUUACCAGGUUUUCAUAUAUAUGUAAACAAGAUGUCGACUUCCAGCGAGUUGGACUGAGCUGAGAUGAGCCACGAUUGGCGCCGUUAAAUCCGGCGUCGGACGGGAGAGAGAGUUUGAUGAAACAGGUUACUUUUUUUCUUUUUAAUAUCUUCAGAUGUUUACAUGGUGGGCUGGUUUUCUUGUUUAUGUCUCUUCUUGUUUACAGAGGUGCUCAAACACACACACACACACACGCACACACACACACACACGGUCAUAUGAAUGCACUUCUACACAGGCAGCAGGGGCAGCCUCUCCUUUAAGAGAGGGAGGAGAGCGCUGGCGAGUGUUUUCAGGUUUCGUGACGCCCUCUGACGGCCACAGGGGAUUAUUUUCGGUGCUUUACGAACAAAAUCGGAUCGCGUUCACGGUAUUUCUUUGCCUCACUGUUUACUAGCUCCUUGGUUUUUUUUACACACAUCCCGUCCGGACGGCGUCGGAGACACACCCUCAGCUCAAUGGUGCUGGUCUGGAACCUCCUCGGUGUCGGGCACUGCCAGGCCGCUCCUCACGCCAAACAACAAGCACAAAGGAAAAGCCGUGGAGAAAGUGCCAAAAAGCGUCUCUUUAGAUCUGCCUGCCUGGUUCAGAGACCCGCCUCCGUCUCCGCGCCGUGAGGGAACGACGACUCUGGUGCUUUCCCAGCGAGGAGACGUCCACGCGUCCGGAUGCUGCUCCGAGUCAGAACGCCACUUUCCUUCAUCACCCUCGCCCUCAAAACUCCCCUCUUCCUCUUCCUCUUUUUUUUCCGAGUAGAAAAGAUCGAUGCUGUAUCUGAAUUUGACCAAUAUUGUAAAAAAAAAAAAAAAAAAAAAGAAUGAAAAAUGGCGGGGUGGGCGGGGCGGGGUAUUUUUUUAAGUUGUUGAGCUGGGCUCACUUGAAGCGACAGGAGCACAACCAAACAGUUUUUUCUAGGCCGACGAGCAUGUUUUCCAGCUUUUUAAAACGGGAGUUGCAUUGAGAAGAGACCUUUUACCUUUGUCCGUAUGCGUGCGUGUCGGACGGAAGCCAUUUUGAAUUUUGUUGAGCGAGUGGGUUGGUUUUUUGCACACUUUGAGGUCGGGGGGUGGGUUGUAAAUACUUUUAAAGUCUUGCACAGUGAAUCAGAGAUGCAUUCUGCCCUGUCGAUGUUACAAAUAUGCUUAACCCCGCUGAGUAAAUUAUUGUACUUUUUGAAGACGGAGAGAGAGAGAAAAAAAAUGCAAAAAAGCUCACCAGAAGCAAGGUGUGUGUGUCGUGGUGGUUGGAUGUUUAGCCUAUGCAGGAGGCACACGGUGUACAGUAAGAAACAAGUUGUUUUGGAGAAGAAAAAAAACAGUAUUCCUCAUCUUUACACACACCUCCUCUGGUCAUUUUUUUUAACACGAAGCUGACCCGACGCCGUACUGUAACCAACAGGUGCUACGAAGCCCGUCACACACCAGGAAGUCACACUGUCACGACCUCAGGACAAUCCCAUGCUCUACAAUCCUACCUGUGUUCAGCUUCACACACACACUCACACACACACACACACACACACACACACUCACACACACUCCUGGCCUCGUGGCUGCAAGGGUGUGUCGUUGCAUGCCAAGAAGGUAGUUGCCAUGGUUACCGGUGGCCCCCACCUGUAUCCUGCAGGCCUGAUGUUAGCAGAGCAUCGACGGUUAAUCCCCCCACAGUUACGUCUCAGUUAAGACCAUAGCAUUUACUCUGCUUUGAGAGGUUGGUUUGGUUUUUUUCUUCUUCUUUUUUUUUUUUUUUUUGGGUGAAACAUUUGUCCUUUAAAUGUUUUAUAUUUUGUACAUUUGUAUGUAACAUAUCAUGUAAAUAGACAGAGACAGUGAUUUAACUCAUCUGGAGGAUUUUGUAGUCUUUGUAAAGCCCUAAUAAAUGGUAUUUGGUGUCACA